UAUAAACAUAAACGCGAAGAGAGAGAGAGAACAGAGGAGUUCUCACAGAACGGCAGAUUACCCUCUGUGCUCGCCUUCUCUUUCGGACCCUUCUUCCUCGUUCAUUCAUGAAUGAAAAAAUUCAGACAUAGAGAGAGAAAAACACACCCAAAAAAAACAAAAAAACAAAAAACAAAAACAAAACAAAACAAAAAAAAACCCAAAAAAAAACACCCACAACACCAUACCCACCACUCACCACCACCACCACCAGCCAAACCGGCGGUUCUCAAUCAAUAACCUCCCCUCAAUUCCCUCUCUCUCUCUCUCUCUGUCUCUCUCUCAUCAUUUUUUCUUGGUUAUUCUCAGUUUUUGUUUUUCACUUUCUCGUUGACCAACAGCCGAUGUCAAGCGGUGGCGCCACCACCACCACCUCCUCCUCCUCCUGCAGCGGCAGUCCAAGACUUCUCGGUCCCACCACCCACCGCCGCCGCAUCCCCGAUUUAAUGGACGCCGAGAAAGGCCUUGAAACUGCUUUCCCCUCAAACGGACUCGACGAUUGUGACGACGAUUCAGACACCAACCACAAUCACAAUCACAAUCACCACCACUACCAGGCGAUUAGGUACUUGAAGAAGAAGAGUCCGUACGUGAGGAUGGAGGAUUCGGUGUUGAGGGCUUGUGCUAUUUUACAGUAUUUGGUAUCUGGGAGGAAUGUGGGCCGUGCGAUCUUCGGGGUUUUGAUGAUGAUGGUGAUGGUGUCGGUGUUCGUUAAGGUUUCGUUGAUGAUGGGUAGUGGUAAUGUGGAGGUUGUGAAUGGGAAGAAAAGAGAGAAUGGGUUGUUAAUUCUUCAGAGUUUCAAGGAUGAUUGGGUUUUGGCUCAGAGGGUUGAGGAAUCGUCUGGUGCUAUCAUGCCUAAGCGAUUAUUGGAGAAGUUUCCUACACCAGAAAUUUGGAUGAAACCAAACAGCGAUAGCUAUUACCAAUGUGUUGAUCGGCCAAGGAAUCGAAUAAGGACAGGUUCUGCAACUAAUGGUUACAUUUUAGUUCAUGCCAAUGGUGGGUUGAAUCAAAUGAGAACAGGGAUAUGUGAUAUGAUUGCCGUAGCAAAGAUUAUGAAUGCCACAUUGGUUCUUCCUUCUCUUGACCAUGAGUCCUUCUGGACCGAUCCAAGUGAUUUCAAGGAUAUUUUUGAUUGGAGGCACUUCAUUGAGGUUCUAAAAGACGAUAUUGAGAUUAUUGAAUCUUUGCCACCAAGCCACACGGCAAUCCAACCCCUCCUGAAGGCCCCCAUCUCGUGGUCGAAGGCUAGUUACUACAGAGGAGAGAUGGUUCAUUUGUUGAAACAACACAAAGUGAUCAAGUUUACCCAUUCUGAUUCGCGACUUGCCAAUAAUGGCCUUGCGACCUCUAUACAAAGGCUCAGAUGUCGUGCCAACUAUGAGGCUCUUCGAUACACAACAGAGAUUGAGGAUCUCGGGCAAAAACUAGUCGACAGACUUAGGAACGAUAGCGAGCCAUAUGUUGCCCUCCAUUUAAGAUAUGAGAAAGAUAUGCUUGCAUUCACCGGCUGCAGUCACAAUCUGACUGCAGAGGAGGAUGAGGAACUUCGUGUUAUGAGGUACAAUGUCAAACAUUGGAAAGAGAAAGAAAUAGACAGCAAAGAAAAAAGAUUCCAAGGGGGGUGCCCGAUGUCUCCAAGAGAGGCAGCCCUAUUCCUCAAGGCCAUGGGGUACCCUUCAACGACGACAAUCUACAUAGUUGCUGGGGAAAUUUAUGGCAGCAACAGCAUGGCAGCGUUUCGUGCUGAGUUCCCAAACGUUUUCUCUCAUUCCACCCUCGCAACUGAAGAAGAGCUUGAACCCUUCAAGCAGUAUCAGAAUCGCCUUGCAGCUUUGGACUAUAUUGUAGCGCUAGAAAGCGAUGUUUUUGUUUUCACAUACGAUGGGAACAUGGCAAAGGCGGUGCAAGGGCACAGGAGGUUUGAAGGGUUUCGAAAGACUAUAAACCCCGACAGACAAAGUUUUGUUAGUCUGAUUGAUCAGUACGAUGAGAGGGCGAUAUCCUGGGAAAAGUUCUCAUCAGAGGUUAAGAGGUUGCACUCUGAUAGGCUUGGAGCGCCGUAUCUUAGACUUCCAGGAGAGUCACCGAGGCUAGAGGAGAAUUUUUACGCAAACCCUUUUCCGGGCUGUGUUUGCAAUCGAUCUCAGGAGGAAAUACUUGAGCGAAAACUAAACCGAAGGGCUGCUUCACAAAGAUAGUGGUUUGUAGUUUUUAGUUAGAAAUUUGUGCCUUCCCCUGUAAAGUACACGAACCCAUUGCUUCAAAUGCGGCCUCUUAUGGGUUUUUUCAAAGGAACAACGAUGGCAGCCAACAGGGCCGAGCAGAGAAACAAAGAUUUAAUGUGAAAUCUCAAUGCAAAGUUUCAGUUUUGAUGGUGGAGAAAGAGCCAGCGUGCCUGCGAUAUAGGGAAGCAGAGAAGGUUAUAGAUAUAAUUGAAAAGGCAUACAGGUCAGAUGAUACAUCAUACAAAGCAUAGUGAAAUUUCUCCCUGUAAAUGUGGAGCAUUCCCAGUUCUUAAAUUAUUCGUUAUUCUUUCGUUUGAUUGUUAAAAGUCCAUUGUUAAAUAAUGUUUCGUUGUGGAUUUUAAUGUAAUAUUUGAGUAACAUCAUGUUAGAAAAUUGUUUCACGUUUCGACUAAGCUCAAUACGACAAGCAUUUGUCCCAGUUGGUUGGGAUUCCUUUUGAA